GGACGUUGGAUCGUCGGGCAGGGAGCGCAUCUCCCGCCUGGAAAGAAGGUCGGCUCUUCCACUUAGAAGAUCGCAUUUGUGCCGCCUUCCGGGAAGACGUUGUCGAGUCUGCACCUUGGUUGAAUUUCCAAGCUUUCGUGUCAAGUUCGCAGUUUUUAUAUAUAAGAACAGCUGCUUACGAAGAAGCGUGCCUAAGGUGUUAGGUCUGCGGCAGCAAGACUCGCAUGUCGGAAGCCUUAAACAGCCCUGAAGACCGUGGACGUCAAGCUUGUAAAGGACAAACAUUUAAUUUCCUUUAAGAACCCUUUUUUGCGAAGAUGCGCUUCCCAACACCUUCCAACAUGUGCGAAGUAUCGACAACCGCAACGAUUCAACGCCGCAAGGGCAUCCUCAAGGCAGCACGCCAUUCGUCGAGCGACUUCAGCGAUGACAGCAGCAGCAACAGUAUCACUCUUAGCAUCAGCGACGAUGCCAGCAUCUCGUCCAGAAUCGGGAGCGAGGCGAGCGACUCGUCCAGCGUCAUACUUUACGACGGACAGACUUUUCUGGAUGUGAACGUGAGGAACCCGAUCGUCCACCAAGUAAAAGGAGAUGUUCACACGUCAUAUGACAUUUCCAUUGAGACGAACAACAGCAGCUUCACAAUGCCCCGGUCGACGGUCCGCAGGAGGUAUUCCGAGUUCGUUUACCUAAAGAGCCUUCUCAAGGAACUGCAGCCUUCUUUGGCUCCACCCCGCCUUCCAUCGAAGACGCUGAUGAAAAGAUUUGACGACAAGUUUAUAGAAGACCGACGUGCUGGCCUCGAGUCUUUCUUGAGAAAUGUCCUGACAGAACCACUCUACCUCUCCAACAAGAGUCUGCACCUCUUUAUCCAGACCAGCUUGACCAUGAAGGAAAUCGAAGACGUCGUCAAAGGAACAGAAGGCACCUACAUCCCGGAGUCUAAACCACCCAUUGUGCUUGCACUGCACGACGAAGUCUUCGACGAGGUUGGCGACAGCGCAUACGAGUCCGCAGCCGAGGAACUCUCCAAAAACGGCAGCGUCACGGCCGCACCGCGAGGAAUCCUGCGUAAGAAUAGCAGCGUCACCAUGCUUCACAGUUCCAAGUGCUGCCGCGGCGACGGCCACUGUCACCUCCGCAUCGGCUCCAGCAUCUGCGUCUGCACGCCGACGCUCUUGCCGCCGUCCUGGGACAGUAGCCACGACAGCGGCAUGCUUCAGAUCCUGUCCUGUCCGCUGCCCACCACCAGCACGCCCAUACCGAACGGGAUGGCUUCGGAUGCCACCACGGGCACAGGAGGCGCCAACAUUGUUUUCCACAGCGGAGGCGCCAGCCCUGAUCUUCGUGCCAGAAUAUCGAGGCUGCGAGCGAGCGCCAGCGACUCGUGCUUGGAGACAAUGGGCAGCGGCAUAAAGAAGCACGUGUCCUUCUCGGGCGAUGUCGAAAUCUUUGACAGGGAGAAGCACGGACACCGUAGCGUGACACUGUGGCAGUCGGUUCCUCCUGCCUUCGGCGGCGUCGAGCCAUCCCUUUAUUUUCGCUCCUCUUCUCCUAGUGAACAUAUGUCCCCUUCCUGAAACGAGGAAAAGCACACACGUAGCGUCACUUUUCACAGAACAUUGUGUGGGUCUAGGCCUCGUUUGCAAACACGCGGGCCAAUCGGGAGCGCUGAGAGUGCGUAGUGGGUCUGGUUAGCCGCGCGAAGCGCCGUUCUAGUCAUAGAAUACUCAUCACUUGACAUUAUCGUUUGAUAACGCGAAGCCGUUUAUAUAAUGCGUGUGGACAUAGGUGAGCUGCGUAGCCCGCAGCCUCUUCGACGGUUCAGAGCAUAUGACAUCAGUUCAGGCACUGAGUGAAAACAAAGGGCGUGUAAGGAGCAGCCGAAACGUGACGAAUGCUUGCUGCAGCGUGUUCAUGAAGUGCUUCUGUAUAAGCACUAACAAACGGGGCGUUUCGUGUCGUCUUGCGAUGCGCGGCAUUUACAGCGAAGAUUGUUGUGCAGAAGCUACAUGCGGCAGCAAAAUUUGCAGGGAAUUAAGGUCACAAAACUUAAGUUGAAUUAAGUUAAGAACUUAGGUUGAAUUUUCCUUCAUGCGAAAUUUCCUGCGUUGGGGGAAUAGAUUUAUUGUGGUGAAUGGCUCGUCUGGAGUUGUCGCAACGCUCCCAGCUUGACAGGCAAUACUAAGUCCUAACAGCUCGCACUUGAAUCUGGGGCCUGGACUGCGCAUACUCAGCGCCCACAACUGGCACGUGUGUUUGUAAACGAGACGUAGAUCUUCAUAGCGCUAUUGUAGUUGGCGACGUGCGUUGCACCGAUGGACUCCCUUGACUUUCUCGUACAGCUUUCUCGUCGAGAAUUGUUUUGCGCCCCAUGACUCUUCAUUAAUAGUGUCUGUAUCACGUUUCCCAUGUGCCGUUCGAACGCCACGUAGAAGCGUUCAAGGGCACGCUGCGAUGCCUUGAGUUUCGCCUCAUGACACGGAAAACAACUCGCAUGCCAUCAAAAAGCGGUGAUGUUUAAUGGGGGCUCACGUGACCUCCAUACUUAUGGAUUAUCCUAUUACUCUGCAGGUUACACGUAACGAUCACAUGCCGAAGCAGCUGUCGGUAGCUUGUGCACCUUUGCAUUGUGAGAAUGCAUAACAGAUCUUUAAAGGUUGUGCUUCACGCCCAGGACACACGUGUGUUACACGUUUGAAUAUUGGUUGGUAGCGGCUGUUUGACCUGGACGUUCAUUAGGAGUCUGCUUGUGUUGCAUGCAUUAGUGUGGUCCUCGUUUUUCUUAUGGACCAAUGGACUUUGUGUGAGGCUCAAGCAAAACAAAAACUUGUGCGCGCCAAUGCAGAAGCCUCGUUACUUGUGGAUUUCACUGUGAUAUUUUAAGCUGGACAGUUCACAUCUGUGUCAUACUUUACUAUUUUAUGUGGUAUGCUGGAGGACAUGGCAAUAUUUUGCUAUAGAGCAAGCUUCUUAAAUCAUCUACAUAUAUUUUUGUAUGUCACACUGAUGUAUACCACUUUUUGACAAGGCUUCUGGCGAGCUACACGUGAUUGUUAUUUAUAGACUGCCAUUACUGACAGCUUUCGUUAAGAGGCUUCUGCACAAUUUUAUUGACGUUGUUCUGUGUCAGUUUUGAUUUCUAAUGAGCAAUUGAAACUACAAUGCUUUCGAGCAUGUGAACUAGCAUAAACGCAUUCUAAAUAAGGAUGACGCCGUCCAUUGCGUAGGGACGCCCUGAUUACGUGUUUUUGUUUGUUUUUUAGAAGAGUUUACGCAUCCUUGAGCUUGUACCAGAUUGUUUCCCAUCCGUGUACAUAUAUCACAUAAGGAGUCCCUAAUUUAAUUUCAUCACUGCAACUUGCCUACCUCUCAUGGUCGCUGUACUGUCACGCCAUGUUUUAUACCGAGAACAUUCUUUCGGUCUCAUAUGCUAUUACUCGCAUUGACUUGAUGUAUUUAUUAUAAACUUCAUAUGCAAAUAAACGUUCUCUGCGUGCAAGAA